AUGGCUUUGGCAAGCGUCGCCUCCAAUGUGCCGUCCAAGGGAUUGCCGCGAAGAAAGAUCCUUGAUCGCUGGCUUUUGUGCUCAUCUGGCAGAUCCCUCGCUGUGAAGCCCGAAGAAGGACGCGGCGAGCCAGCACCAACAGGGAUAACAAGGAUUGGAGGGCGAUCACCAAGAAAAACAACACACGACAGGUCCGUUUUCUUGGUGAUGGAGGUGCGCGGAUCGAGCGGGCCGUCGACGGGUUUCUGCGGGCAGCAACCUAACUACCCUUGA